CUGACUGAAUCUUGUUCUUCCAGCUGCAUCCCUGACAUGUCCGGAAAAAACCGAAAGAGCAAAAGGAAGAUGUCAGAGCAGAAAAAAUCCUACAGCCUGGAAGAGUUUGUCGCCGAGGAUCUCCGAAAUAAACACAAUGCACUUUUGACUCGAUCCAAAACAUACGAUGCGUCUGUCUCCAAAGAGGUUGAGAAGGAAACCGUUUCUAUCCAGAGAAGGACUUCUGUCUCUGAUCUGACGAAACAUGCCAUGAAUUUCCGCCGCGUCUUCAAAGAUCUCUCUGAAGAGGAGGACCUCCUGGAAACAUUUUCAUGUGCCUGGCAACGAGAGAUGCCUUAUUAUGGCCGCCUCUACGUCAAGAACAGUCAUAUCUGCUUCUACUGUAGCGUGCUUCGACGGGAAGUUAAGGUUAUCAUUCCGGUGCUGAAAAUCAGUGUCCUAAAGAAGGCCAACACAGCCUUGUUGGUACCCAACGCCAUUUCCAUCCGUACGACUGAAGGGGAGAAGUUUCUGUUUGGCUCCAUCUGGUCACGGGAGAAUGCCUACCAGCUCCUCCGCUCUGUUUGUAAACAUCUUGAGGACAGCAGUCAGAAUAGCAGUCCAACUGCACCUUUCAUCAGCUCAGACCAUCUCCUGAAGGUACCCCUGAACUCUAAGGAAUCAGAUGCAAAUUACAACUUUCCAGAAAAAACAGAUGUGGCAGACAGGAUCCAGAUACCCUAUGAAACCUCUUACGAGGAGCAACAGCAGGUGACAAAACAGCAAAAGGCAGGGCAGACAAUGAAGUCAGUAGGAAACCGGAGGAUGCCACUGUGCCGUUUCAACACAAUUAUAAUCAUCUACCUCUUUUUGGUCAUUCUCCUACUUUGUUCUUCGGGGUACAUUGGUCUGCGUAUCAUCCAGCUGGAAGAACAGCUGACUUCCAUGGGGGCUUGGCCUGAACUGGACCUUCAGCAUCAAUAUAAAGGAAGCUGAAAAACAAUCGUGUUCCAGGCAUCUAUGGAAGGUGAUGCUGAAACUGAAAUUUCUGUGACUGUUGUCUGCAACUGAUCAAAACUUAAAGGAGAUACAGAGCUUUCCUCAACGACUCAAGACCUACAACAUUGAUUCUGUUCGAGGUUAUUAUUUUUUUCAACUUCUCUGGAAAUAGAGGGGGGGGGUUCCCCCCCCCCCAAGAAGUAAAGAAUGUAGAAAGAUGACUUUUAAAGGGUGCAUGAGCCCCAUGCAAGAUUUGGAGACACCAUGGAUCUAUCAUGUGCCUUGAAAAGCCAAAAUUUAGUAACUUUUUUACUCCUAAUUUUUCCGUGUAAGAGAAAAUGGGAAAGUUGAAAUAUCUCUCUUUUAAUUUUUGUGUG